AGGCCUAAAGCAUUUUCAUUAGUUGAUGCAAGAAAAAAGAGCAACUGCCUUGUUUAAGAACCGUGCCGGGAUUCGAACCCCAGUCUUUCAUGUUGCAGUCGGGCACCUCAGACCACUCGGCCAAGCCACGGAACCUCGGAUCGAUCGGAACCUCGGCCUCGCCGCGCCGCGCCGCGUCGGCUAUCGAUGACGGAUAUCGAUGGCAGAUCGAUUAAAUUUUCAAAAUGGCGCUAGCUCGAUGCGCCCGAUGUCUCCGGUUUGACCGGCUGUCAUCGGUUCUUACUGUGUCUCCUGGGAGAUAUGCUUCCGGUGAUGUCAGCUUACCCGGUCCCUACCCACAGACCCCCGAAGAGAGGGCUGCAGCGGCCAAGAAGUACGGCAUGAGGAUAGAGGACUAUGAGCCCUAUGCCGAUGACGGUUGGGGAUGGGGUGACUAUCCAAAGAUGAAGAAUCAGCAUGCUGAUGAUAGAGACCCGCAUGGGGACUGGGACUUUCCCGAGGACAGGAGAAACUGGGGUGAAGUGUUGCACAUAGAACAAGAUCUCUACGUUAGGCAGCGUCCAAAUGCAUACAAGGAAAACAGAAAGGUCCCCAUGUUCAAGCAAGUCAUGAUACUUGGUGGGAUCCUCACAACAUUGGCAACCUUUGGUAUUCUUGGACAAAAAUACAAAUAUUUUCUACCUGUGGCCCCUAAGCAAUAUCCAUACAACAAUCUUUACAUCGAGAAGGGCGGAGAUCCAAGCGCCAUGCCAGAUACACCCAAACACUAUACCUUCCCAAGCUCAAGUUAAUGAGGAUCCAUCAGAUGCCUGCAUUAAGGCCUUCUGUUAGCUACAUCCUUCUUGCAGGCAGAUGAAUUGUGAUUUCAAAUACUCUGCUAUCAGAGCCAGUACCCUUUUUUCAUUAAACCUACAGUAUAUCAAAUUAUUAAUAACAGAUGCCUGAAUUACAAGCUAAAUUUGCAUUCAGCCAACUAUUAGAAUUGUAAAUAGCAAAUUUGGUAUAUUUCAUGCAACAGGUUGGCACUUAUACGUUGAAUCUAUCUCAAAUUUUACGUUGAGGUAAUGUCAAUAAUACACAUUUAUACAGUUUUCUUUUGGAUGUGAAAAAGGGGAACUUUCUUGGUGUAGACCUAUGCUUUCAUGCAACCCCAUUUUACCACCCGGUCACUAUACACAAUGGCAAUAGCUUUUCAACAAAGAAUUGUAAUUGGACCAGAAUGAGUCCAAUUGGGUCAAAGCAAAGCUCCUUAUAUACCUGUAAGAGAAAAAAAGGUCACUUUUGUGUAUACAGAAUUUAAGUGAACCCUUUUCUCAUACAUUUACAGGUGCUACAAGAAAAUGUUUGCAGUCGAUUGCAAAUUUUGUAGCAAUUUUAUAUAAUUGAUCAAUAAAUUUUAGCUAAAACGUGUCAAUUUAUAGCCUUUGUCACAUGAGGCAAAAUCAGAAAUCAAGAGCAAAUUUGUAAUUAAUUGCAAAGCAUAUCAAUGAUUUUGAAACCUUAAAUAGCCUAGAAAUUGAUCGCAAGCUCUUUCAAUGCCUGAUUAGUAGUGAUUAAACAUGUACUGUUUGAGGCCGUACCAUUGAGACAUGUUCACUUGCCUUUCUCUGGGUUGUCAAUGAACUUGUUUUAAAAAAUAGCCCUUAAAAGAUCCUUUGUAUAGAAAGGGUGGUUUACCGAAAGCUAAAAUCAAUUUCAAAUAAAUCAGUUUUCUGAUUAUUUGAUUGGUGUAGAUGUUAAAAUUAAUUAAAGCUAGUGAAUGUCUCCAGGUAUGUUUGCAAAGACUAUCACCACUAUCCGUUUAAUGGUGUCCAACAGAUGUGCUGUUCAAUACUGUCAUUAGUGGUUGAAAGGAGGAUAUAUUGCCUAUUGAUGUGUAAAUGGAAGAUAAUUAGAAGGAGCCGGUGGGUGUACUUAAAGCUGUCUGUAACUUUUGAAUGACUGGUUAUCCUUUUUGUGGUAAAUGAUUUAUACUCCAAAAUUUUUUAUUGAUGUUGAAUUAGCCCCUAAAAAGUAUCACCAGUCGUUCGUAAUAGCUUUAUGAAACACCUACCUGGUGGGUGUUUCUUACGCGCGAAGUAAUCACCAAUUAACAUAUCAUUUACCACAAGAAAGGAUCACCAGUCGUUCUUAAAGUCGCUCUUAACUUAUGAACAGCUUUAUGAAACGGCCCUCAGGACCCUCCAUAUUACAAGUACAUAUAUAAUGAUUUAAAAUUUAUAUGACGAGGGUAAAGAUAGAGGUAUGGUACAAGGAAGCCUUUGAAGUGUAAAAGAGUAGGGUCAUGGUGUCAUCCAGGGGAGUCUUUCAUGAAACAAUCAUUGAUUUUCACUGAUAAUUUAGCCCUUAGCCAAGGAUUUCAGCAUCUUUCAACAAAUAGUCAGAAAAUAUCAUUCACUUUUUGUUUCAUGAAAUGCUUCCUAGGUAGUUAUGAGAAUUUCAGGGUGAUGGUAAGCAUGUCAAAGUGCAUGUCAUGUUUGUAUAUGAAUGGGGGCGCCCUUUAGUGUUCAGGAAUAUCUUGUACGGCAACUGAUCAAGAGGAAGUCCUGUUUCUGACCCCCCGUCCUCCGAUUCCCAAUACCAAUGUGUUGAUUUGAUUCUUUUGAGAUGCUAUAUAUAUAUUAAAAACUUUCAUGGAAAGUUCAUUAAAA